AUGGCGCCUCAAGGGGACGACACCGUUUUUCAGCCCAAGGACGCCAUCAAGUCCGGCGUCAGUGGCGCCCUGUUCAGUGGUGGAGCCGGUCUCUUGAUGGCUUCCCUCCGCACUUCCAUGAAGAAGAACAACGUCGGCAGCAUGCACGUCUUUACCCACGGCGGAGGCACUAUCAUCAGCUUUACUCUCGCCGGUGGUAUCUACAGAUUCGCCCAACAGGCCUCGGCGAACCUGCGCGAGAAGGAAGACGGCUGGAACCAUGCGAUCGGUGCUUUCCUCGGUGGAAGCGUCAUGGGCUUGCGAUCCCUUCGGUUUCCCGUCAUCCUCGGGUUCGGCGCCAUGGCCGGCUCCGUCGUCGGUGCCUUUGCCUUCUCCGGCGGGCUAACCGGAUGGGGGAGGGACCCUAAUGUCGACGAGUACGAGAGGAAAGAGGCUAUGCGUCUGAACAGGAGGAGGCCGGUCGAGGAAACCCUUGCGGAAGUUGGCGAGGGUCGGGGUAUCUACCCACCCGGUUACCAAGAACGCAGGCGCCAGAGACUCUUUGAGAAGUACGGAGUCGAGGUCAAGCCCGUCUCUGCGGAUCCCAACGUUGCUUCGGCUUGA